UUGGUCGUUUACAUAAACACAUGUCAUAAACUCAUUGGUUAACACGAAAAGAAAGUCUCACGUGUAAUAACGCGAAAGCUAAAAAAGCUUUCUAAAAAUCUCUCCACCAUUUUACCAAACAAAGCGCCCCUCGCUUCCUUCCUUCAACCUCUUCGCUCCCUCUCUCUCUACACAAAGCAAAGCUACCAUCUUCUCUCUCUCCACCUCCUCUGUUCAGACACAGAGCAUCUCCAAACCUCUGUUCUGUCUCUUCGUCGCAAAUUUUGAAUUCGAAAUUUUAUAGAGACGCAACGGUUAAGAUUGGUGUAAUAAUGCCUUCGCUCAUCUCCGCCUGAUUCUGAAUCCAAUCCAAAUGGUGAGAUUCCAUCUCCGUUUCGCCUUAUUCAUCAUCCUCAUCGUUUCCACAAAUCCGAAUUUAUUCAACGGAGAAUACAAUCCGCCGACACCUUCUCCGGCGCCGGAGCCUCACCCUGAUGACGAAUCGUCCGUUUCAUGUGUCGAUGACUUAGGAGGCGUUGGCUCAUUGGAUUCCACGUGUAAGCUCGUCGCCGAUUUGAAUCUCACACGUGACUGUUACAUCUCCGGUAAGGGAAACCUCCACGUGUUGCCCGGCGUGAGAUUGGUCUGUCAGUUUCCGGGAUGUUCGAUCACGGUCAACAUCUCCGGGAACUUCUCAUUGGCCGAGAACUCGACGGUUGUCGCCGGUGCCUUCCGUCUCGCGGCGGAGAACGCUGAUUUCGCGGUUGGCUCGGCGGUGGACACGACCGGAUUGGCUGGGGAACCGCCGGAGGAGGCGAGCGGUACGCCGGUGGGAGUCGAAGGAGCUGGCGGGGGAUACGGCGGAAGAGGUGCAUGCUGCUUGGCCGAUACGACGGCGAAGGUUCCGGAGGAUGUGUGGGGCGGCGACGUGUACGGUUGGUCGUCUCUUGAGAAGCCGGAGGUUUAUGGGAGCAGAGGUGGGUCCACGAGCAAUGAGGUUGAUUACGGUGGAGGUGGCGGCGGAAAGGUGGCGAUGGAGGUGGUAGGGUGUGUGGGGCUAAACGGCAGCGUUUUGGCUGAUGGGGCCAGUGGUGGAGUUAAAGGUGGUGGUGGGUCCGGCGGCAGCAUCUUCGUCUUGGCACAUAAAAUGGCAGGGAAUGGUCGUAUAAGUGCUUCUGGAGGUGAUGGUUAUGCUGGUGGAGGUGGUGGACGUGUAUCUGUCCAUAUAUUCAGCUGCCAUUCUGAUCCUAAAAUCUUUGUCCAUGGAGGUAGUAGUAUUGGUUGUCAAGAAAAUGCUGGAGCUGCUGGGACACUGUAUGAUGUUAUUUCAGAGAGGUUAACGAUAGACAACGAGAAUAAGACAACAUAUACAGACACUCUUCUCUUGGAGUUUCCUAACCAUCGCCUAUUCACUAAUUUGUAUAUCCAAAAUAUGGCUAAAGUUUCUGUUCCCUUGCGUUGGAGCCGUGUCCAGGUUCAAGGAUCAAUAAGUUUGUCAAACGGUGGAGAGUUGAACUUUGGUCUUCCUCGUUAUGCUUCUUCGGAAUUUGAGUUAUUUGCAGAGGAACUCUUGUUGAGCAAUUCUGCUAUCAAGGUGUUUGGGGCUUUAAGAAUGAAUGUCAAGGUGUUCUUGAUGUUGAAGUCAAGAAUGUUUAUUGAUGGUGGUGGUGUGACAAUUUUAGGAACUUCAAUGCUCGAAAUUAGUAACUUGUUAGUGCUCAAGGAGUCAUCAGUUAUACAAUCCAAUGGAAACCUUGGAGUACAUGGGCAGGGUCUGUUAAAUCUAACAGGCACAGGAGAUACAAUAGAAGCACAGCGUCUAAUUUUGUCUUUGUUUUAUAGCAUUCAGGUUGGAGCCGGAGCUGUUUUGCGUGGUCCUUUGCAAAAUUCAUCAUCUGGUGGCCUUACUCCAAAGCUUUACUGUCAACGUGAAGAUUGCCCUGUUGAGCUACUCCACCCGCCUGAGGAUUGCAACGUCAAUUCAUCUCUCCCAUUCACUCUUCAGAUUUGCCGUGUUGAGGAUAUAACUGUUGAAGGUCUAAUUAAAGGAUCGGUUGUCCAUUUCCAUCUGGCAAGAACCGUUGUUAUCCGCUCUUCUGGAACAAUAACUGCAGACGGGAUGGGAUGCAAAGGGGGAGUUGGGACAGGUAGGUUUCUGAGAAGCGGUGUUGGGAGUGGUGGUGGACAUGGUGGUAAAGGUGGAAGCGGGUGUUACAAUCAUACUUGCAUUGAGGGUGGUGAUUCUUACGGAAAUGUAGAUCUACCGUGUGAACUUGGCAGUGGAAGCGGAAAUGAAGAGUCAGAAGAUUCUGUUGCUGGUGGAGGAAUCAUUGUGAUUGGUUCGCUUGAGCACCCACUUUCAAGCUUAUCACUUGAGGGAUCGAUAACAACUGAUGGUGAAAGUCCCAGGAAGACACUGAAAGGCAUGAAUAAUUAUAGUAUAGGACCUGGUGGUGGUUCAGGUGGAACAGUGCUUUUGUUCUUGCGUACACUUGACAUAGCGAGGUCUGCGAUUCUAUCUAGUGCUGGAGGAAACGGUAGUCUAAAGGGAGGUGGUGGAGGAAGUGGUGGAAGGAUUCAUUUUCAUUGGUCAGACAUUCCAACUGGUGAUGUCUAUCAUCACAUUGCCAAUGUAGAGGGAAGCGUUUAUGUAAGAGGAGGGUUGGGUGCUAGUGAAGAAAACGUUGGAGAGGCAGGGACUUUAACUGGUAAAGCUUGUCCGCAAGGGCUCUAUGGUCUAUACUGCGAGGAAUGCCCAGCUGGAACUUAUAAGAAUGUUACAGGAUCUGAUGAAACUCUUUGUCAUCUUUGUCCGGCUACAGAGAUUCCCAAUCGUGCUGUUUAUGUCACUGUUCGAGGUGGUGUUGCGGAAACGCCAUGUCCAUACCAAUGCGUUUCGGAUAGAUACCACAUGCCACACUGUUAUACUACACUUGAAGAGUUAAUAUACACAUUUGGUGGACCCUGGCUGUUUGGCAUUCUUUUAGUAGUUGUGCUCCUUCUACUAGCACUUGUUUUCAGCGUUGCUCGAAUGAAAUUUAUUAGCGGCGAGGAGGUACACGGUGCUGCCGCAACUCAUCAUGGCUCUCAGAUUGAUCACUCAUUUCCAUUCCUCGAGUCAUUGAACGAGGUGAUGGAGACAAGCAGAGUGGAGGAAUCACAAGGACACAUGCAUAGGAUAUAUUUCUUAGGUCCUAAUACUUUCAGUGAACCUUGGCAUCUUUCUCAUACUCCCCCAGAGGAAAUAAAAGAGAUUGUGUAUGAGGCUGCUUUCAAUGGAUUUGUUGACGAGAUCAAUGCUAUAGCUGCAUACCAAUGGUGGGAGGGUGCUAUUUACGUAGUGCUUUCAGUUCUUGUCUAUCCUCUUGCAUGGUCAUGGCAGCAAUCACGAAGGAGGCUGAAAUUUCAGAAACUCCGUGAUUUUGUUCGAUCAGAAUAUGACCAUUCUUGUCUACGCUCAUGUCGUUCUAGAGCUUUAUACGAGGGGCUAAAGGUGGCUGCUAGUCCUGACUUAAUGCUAGCUCAUCUAGAUUUCUUCCUUGGCGGCGACGAGAAGAGAAACGAUCUUCCUCCUCCUGUUCAUCAAAGACUCCCAAUGCCUUUCGUUUUUGGAGGCGAUGGGAGUUACAUGGCCUAUUACUCACUCCAGAGUGAUGAGAUUCUCACCAGUCUUAUGAGUCAGGUGGUCUCGCCAACCACUUGGUACCGCUUUGUUGCUGGUCUGAACGCUCAGCUGCGCCUGGUUCAGCAAGGGAAGCUUAGGUCCACGUUUCGCUCGGUUAUGAGAUGGAUCGAAACUCACGGUAACCCUGCCUUGAGAAGACAUGGUGUGCGUGUUGACUUAGCUAGGUUCCAGGCUUCUCCUUCGUCGUCAUGUCAGUAUGGGAUCAUUGUUCACACCAUUGUAGAUGAAGUGGCAUCACCAACAGAACAGCAACCUUUCACACAAUAUCUAAGUAGCUCAGUCAUAGACAUUGGUAGCUUACAGUUUCUCAAAGAAGAAAAGGAUGUCCUGUCCUUCAUCUCCUUCUUGAUUCAUAACACGAAACCUGUUGGCCAUCAGGAUCUGGUUGGUUUGGUUAUCUCGGUGCUUCUCCUGGGAGAUGUAACUCUAAUGAUGCUCACGCUGCUUCAGCUCUACUCCAUAUCUAUGCUGGACGUUUUUCUCGCUUUGUUUGUUUUGCCUCUAAGCAUCGUUUUCCCGUUUCCUGCUGGUGUCAGCGCUUUGUUUAGCCACGGACCGAGGAGAUCUGCUGAACGCACUCGCGUUUAUGCGUUGUGGAACCUCACAUCCCUGGUCAAUGUUGUUGUUGCGUUUGUGUGUGGAUAUGUUCAUUACCAUGGCUCAUCAUCUGGAAAAAAGAUUCCUUAUCUCGAGCCGUGGAACAUUAGCAUGGACGAGAAUGAAUGGUGGAUAUUUCCGGUGGCUUUGUUCUUGUGCAAAGUGUUGCAGUCCCAGCUUGUGAACUGGCACGUUGCAAACCUUGAGAUACAAGAUUACUCCUUGUACAGUGAUGACUCCGAGCUGUUCUGGCAGUCAUAAACCAUAAUUUUAUCAUACAAAACACACGGUGAAGGGAGCUGGUUUUUUUAAAAAGGCGUCUUCUGGUGCACAAGAUUUUUCAGGUGAAUAUAUAUAUAUAUAGCUAACUAUUUGAUUCCCAAGCCAAGAUCCAUCUUGUGUGUGUUUUUUUAUUACUUUGAUGGAUCUUUCUGGGAUGUAUGUUUUGGUGUUUUAAAUGAUGUCUGUCUUCACCUACAAAGAUGGUUUUGGGAGAUCGUUUUAUGAAUUUAUAUGUUGUAAACAUUGGUUUGGUCUUUGUUUACAAAGAAGGAUCAGUGGAUAUGAAAUGGAUUGAGUUUAGGUACA